AUGGCUUCAGAAUACCAGCGGCCUGGUGCAAUUCCACCAAUACCAUCAACCCGAGCACGGCGCAUCCCUGACGAAGAAUGGAAUACACACCGUGACAAGCUUGUGAAGCUGUAUAUCGAAGAAGAAGCUUCGCAAAAAGACAUAAUCGACAUUAUGACAAAGGAACACAACUUCAUCAUCACAAAGCAUGAUGCUGUCACAAAGGAUACCAAAGUCCAGUACCAAGGAUAUGUCCUUGAUAACGACAGGCUUGAGCGUGCAUCUAAGAGACGAAAAGAUUAUAUCACCACGCCCCCAUAUUUUCUGCCUGAUCUUCCUCCUGACCUCGAACGUCCUGAUGGUCAAGCAUGGUCUCCGUUUCCUGAAGUGCUUAUGUCACAAUCUGACCUAGCAAUGAGUCCUGAGAAAGCAAAUGCAACUCCAACUCCAACUACUUUCGAGAGUAUGCUGCUGGAAGGCGGUUCUGUUGGUCAAGGGUCUACUACCGAUCCUACUGAAAAGGGCGAGAUGCUUGGAGCUAAUGAAGAAUCAGCCACAAUCUUUCAACAUUCACGCUUUCCACCAUCGCUAGAAGUUCCUGCUAGUCCUCUAAAACAGCCAGCGCUUUGCUCUGCGCCGCGGAAUCGCUUACUUUCAUCAGGUGGCCAUGCCUUAGCUAUGUCCACAACGAGCAAUGAGAACCUUUUCUAUGUCGCCAAUGACGGUCAGUCUACCUUGGAGGCUCCACUUGGAAUCAGUGCUGGCCUUGCGCGGGUUUCCCUCCACGGAACAGAUCCUGAAAGUAUCAUUCCACCGUUGCAGCUUAUAAGGUCGCAGCUUUCCAUGUGUCUGGAUGUCGCAUACCGGGAGUCCCAUCCCUGGGGCUCUAGAUCCUCACGGAAUCAACUGGUCCGGGAAAUCACUAGCGACUGGUUACUAUCCGAGAUCGAUGAUAUCCUUUGCUGGAGCUAUGAUAUCUCCGCAAGCAUUAUCAGACAGCGAAGGGCCGGAGAAGGAAAUAGAUGCAGCGGGAAUCAACAAAAUUUGUCGAAGAAGUAUCGUGACGGUGGCAGGAUCCCUGAUUUCGAGGAUGGGGAUAUAUGGAUUGACAGAUCUGCCUCCCAGCCACGUGGGAGACUCAUUGGCAGCUUUAAAGCAGGAUGUCGCACAAGGGGUACAUUGCAAAUUCAGCUUCGAAAGGUGUCAAAGGACGUUAUACAAAAUCAUGAUCAUCAAUCGCAGAAAACUCGCGCAAGAUACAAACUGCUCACCUUACUGGAAGCUGGCUGCAACCCAAACGUGCUCGACAACGACCUUGCCUCUCCUAGUGACUACGCCAGAAGAGAGAGUCUCUUGCCUCAAUGGGAGUGGGCUCUUGUACACAGCGGGUACAUGUACGACGAGGAUAAACAGGAAUGGAUCCGAAACGUUUCUUUCAGUGACAUAGUGGACAUGACAGCUGGCGAGUGA